AUGAGCAAGCGGAUGAGAAUGACGAGAACCUUCUUCAGUCAGAAACUUCUGCACUGGGGAAGCAAAAGGACACGUGGUUGCCAAGAGCCCGAGGAAGCAUCAUCAAUUGUCAGGAAAAUGGUGAGAACUCAAGGACUCGGCAUGGAGUGGAGACACAGCAAAGAAAGCAUCCUGGGAAGCGAGUCCGUAAAGCAGUGGCUAGUGGGAAAGGCGUCGUCCAGGAGCGAAGCCACAGAAAUAGGAAUUCAGAGAGGAACUCCGUUUCUAAACCCCCUAACAGAACCAAUGGAAUAGCAAAAUCAGAAAAAUGCUCAGUCUGCGGCAAAACCUUCUGUAAUAACACUUACCUCGCUAUACACAUGCGAUCCCACACAGGAGAGAAGCCACACACAUGCUCGGACUGUGGGAGAAGUUUCAGUUCACCGUCGAACCUUCUUUCACACAAGAGAAUUCACACAGGAGAGAGACCCUAUAAAUGCUCGGAUUGUGGAAGGAGCUUCAUACAGAACCGAGACCUUCAAGCCCACAGAACAAUCCACACUGGCGAGAAGCCACACGCGUGUUCCUAUUGCGGGAAGAGGUUCCGGAGCAAAAGCCAUGUUGUUAGGCAUGAAAAAAUCCACAAAGAAGACAGACCCUUCAAAUGCUCAGAGUGUGGGAAAGGAUUCAGAUUGAAAGAGCACUUUGCGGUUCACAAGAGAACACACACAGGAGAGAAACCCUAUGAAUGCUCGGAUUGUGGGAGGAGCUUCAAUUGUGCAGCAAACUUUCACAGGCACAAGAAAACCCAUGGAGAGAAACUGCAUAAGUGUUCCGAUUGUGGGAAAAGCUUCAGAAAUAGCUCAGAUCUCAAAUCACACAGAAGGAUCCACACCGGCGAGAAACCUUACCAGUGCUCAUUCUGUAGGAAAAACUUUCGUUGUAGCUCAAGCCUUAUUACACAUAAGAGAACCCACCGAGGAGAAAAACCAUAUAAAUGCCCAGAGUGCAGCAAAUGUUUAAGUCAGAAAUGGUGCCUUAUUAAUCAUUUGAGAAUGCAUAAAUAUAAGUGUUCGGACUGUGGGAAAAGCUUUAGCAAAAACUCAGCACUUCAGAUACAUAAAAGAAAACAUACUGACGAGAAACCAUUUAGAUGCUUGCGUUGUGGAAAAAGCUUUGAUCGCAGGUCAUUACUGAUGAUUCAUGAAAGGAUUCAUACAGGAGAGAGACCUUAUGUUUGCUUAGAGUGUGGGAAAAGCUUUAUACAGAAAUCCAAACUUAUCCGACAUGAGAGAACCCAUACAGGAGAAAAACCCUACAAAUGCCUCCACUGUGAGAAGAGUUUCAGUGAAAGGGCAAACCUUGUUCAACAUGUGAGAGUCCACACUGGAGAGAAACCCUAUAAAUGUUCCCACUGCGGAAAAUGCUUCAGCCAAAGAUCACACUUUAUUGAGCAUGAGAGAUCCCAUCCGGGAGAGAUCUCCUAUGACUGUUCAGAAUGUGGGAAAAGCUUCAGCCAUGUUUCACGCCUUCAUAAACACCAGAGAAUUCACACAGGAGAGAGCCCAUAUAAAUGCUUAGAAUGUGGGAAAAGCUUCACUGGGAAUGCACAUCUUAAAUCACAUAAAAGAAUCCACUCUGAAGAGAAGCCAUACCAGUGCUCAAACUGUGGGAAAAGUUUCAGGCAUAACUCCACCCUCACAGUACAUAAAAGAACGCACACAGGAGAGAAACCAUUUCACUGUUUGUCUUGUGGGAAAAGCUUUAACAACAGUUCAGGUCUUACAGCACACAGAAAAAUUCACUUGGGAAAGAAACCGUAUCAGUACUCAAAUUGUGGGAGAAGCUUCAUGCAGAGGUCUGCCCUUCUUAAACAUAAGAGCAUACACCGAAAGGGGAAAAAAUGUAGAUGUCCUGACUGUAGGAAGACCUUCAUUCAGAAAGUACAGCUAAUUGCACAUCAGAAAACCCAUACUUGAGAUGGGAAGCCUUAAAAGAGGUCAUUCUGAAGGGGCAGCAUAUUUGCACAGAUCAUACAUUACUGGUGGCUAUUAAAAUUUAUGAUGGGUGGAAAGCAAAGUUAAGAAAGGCUAGGAGUGCUGAUGUGGCUUACAGUUUUUGCCAUACAUAAAAAGAGGGGGGGAAACCAGUCUAACCACAUAUUUAUAUAUACAGGCAUCCAACAGAAAAAUCCCCCCCCCCCGAGCCUUUUGAGAUUUGGCACAUAUUUUCCUUGCUGUCAAGGCAAAUUUUGCUACUUGGACAGUAGUAAAAAUAUCAGUGACAGAAAGAAGAACACCUAUCUUAUCUAAGAAGUGUCUUCAACAGGGACCAGAGAAUAAUAAGACAUUUAUGUCUAGGAUGGUCAUAGCGGGAACAUCUUAGUAAAUGGUGGGAAAUGUUGUCAAUCUCCCCAGACCCAGAAAUACAAAAUCUUUGACGGACUGGUGUAUUAUCAAAUCUCCCUUCCAGGAAGGCAGAGGGUAUACACUGAAAGCAUAAUGUUGUGAAUGGUUUUCUUAAGGAGACCACAGAGUACCAAAUGACAUCUUCUAUAAAGAAUACCAACAGGAAUAGGACAUCUGUGAAAUUGUAGCCAUAUCCAACCGCUUAGAAUAAAGUGUGUUUUUUAAGCAUCUGCUUGACUCUGUAAGAACCAAAAGAAGAUAAAGACUCUCUAGCAAUCCCAUAAGCAAGCAAUAUCGGCAGUGCCGGAUUUAGGAACAAGCCAAGUUAGCCACAGCUUAGGGCCUCAUAUUAUGAAGGGCCUCUAAAUAUGUUGGAGACAGGGCCGAUGUAAAAUAACUAAAAUGAAAUCACUUUGGCUUAAGUAUGUUGAAAAAUCUGGUGUGACUUGCAACAGAGUUGCCUUAUAUAGAGAAACUGUGGCAAUGCAGCAUUUAGUAUUGAGGCAAUAAGAGAAAAGUAGAGCCAGUUUAAAAGAAGUUCUUACCCCAUAUAAAUGAAGUAAAAGCUGACCUUGUUCAUGUAUUUUAGUUUUGUCCUUUAAAAACAACAACUGGGAAAUAAUUUUGCAAAAUAUUUAUGAAAUGACAGG